AUGUUUUCCGAAUACGCUUCCAGAUUCCUCGCCCAGUCCCAGUCUCGCAUAUCCAACUUUGCCGGCCAAACUGACCACGACGACGCGAACCAACACAACGCCUCCGACUGGCCCUCAUCAAGGCCUGGUCGACAUCGCACCAGCGCUGCGGGCACGCGAUCUUUCCUCUCCCGUGGCUACGGUGGCGGCACUGGUAACCCGUAUCAACAAAACGGCACCGGCUCACGCUUCGGCAAUAUCGCCUUUGCCGCCUCCCGCAUAUCCGCCGCCCACGACGCACCGCUCUUCCACGGCACCCUCGACGAGUUCCGUGAAGAGGAUGAUGAGGCCGAGCGCGACCGUGAAGCCGCUGAUCUCUUCGCUCUCCAGCGUUCUCGCCGUGUCGCUGCUGCCAGCAAGCUCGCCGAGAGCACCGAGUCCGAAGGCCACAGCAGGGGGUCGCUCGACGAGAGUGCCGGCCUCGACGAUGAUGAUGACCCGUAUCGCGGCCGCACGGCGGGACGAGGCGGCCGGGGCAUCAAGAGCAGCUGGAACGGCACGCGGAGUGGCUUCCGACACAACGUAGCGCACGAUACGCUCCACGAAGAGGCCGAAGAGGUCACCGCGGACGCGACGUCACAGGGUCGUGGAGGCAAAUCCGCCAUGGUAGAUGUAGGCCUAGAAUCCCAAGACGACGAUGACGGCGACGAUGAACCACCGGAGUCGCUCCUAGGCGACACCCACACCGACUCAAGCCCUCCGCCCUUUCAACGUUUCAAACAGCCGUCCGCUGAACAGACACCAUUUUUACGACGCUCCUCCACAGACCGAUCUGAGCUGAACAGCCUACAACGAGACGAUCCUAUGCAGGGGCAGCCCAUGGAAGUUGGAACCGGCUUCAUUGACGGCGAAACCUUCCGUCACGACCCCUUCUUCGCUUGGAUAUUCCUCAUCAGCUUCGCCGCCAUGCUUUCCACCUUUGUGCUCGUGUGGCUGCACACGUCCCCACGGAGCGGCCCUGUCGGCGACACCAUCUACGCGACGCUGCAGCGCUCGUUCCACAUGCUCGCCGUCGACACCAUCGUCGCCGUCUUCGUCUCCCUGGUGUGGCUCGCCGCGCUACGCUCAUUUGCACGACCGCUCGUCAGCGUCAUCCUCGUCGCCGUGCCCGUCAUCAUGUUCUCCUUCUCGCUCUACGCCUUCAUCUCCUCCUUCAAGGGCCGCACGCGCGGCGCCAGCGUGCAGGACGCCGUGAUGCGCUGGCUCGCGCUCAUCCCCGGCGCCGCCUGCCUGCUCUGGCUCUGGGUCGUCGGCAAGAGUCGGCGGGCAAUCCGCCAGGCCGUCGAGAUUCUGCAGUUCUCCUCGCGCAUCCUCGCGCAGAACCCGGCGCUGCUCGUCAUGGGCUUCGCGUGCCUCGCGCUCAUUGUCGUCUGGACCUGGGCCUGGCUCGUCAUGUUCACGCGCGUCUUCAUGGGCGGCUACUUUUCCAAGUCGCUGGUCCGCUUCGUCAUCCAGCUGUCCAGCUGGUGGCUCGGCGCCGCCUUUGUCUUCAUGUACAUGUGGACCAUGGCUGUCAUUAACGCCGUGCACCGCGCCACCACGGCCGCCACCGUCUCGCAAUGGUACUUUCACCGCAAUGCGGCCGCCGGCGGCGCCGCGGCGCCUUCAUCCCGGGACGUGGUGCUGGCCGCUCUCGGCCACGCCGUGACCACCAUCUUCGGCAGCGUGUGCCAAUCCACCCUCCUAUCACUGCUCGUCCGCGCGCCCCUGCUCUUCCUGCCGCGCCGCAUCGGCGCCGUCGUCGCCAACGUCGCCGCCUUUUGGAUCCCCACGCCCGUCGUCGCCCUCACCAAUCCUCUCACCGUCACCUACGCCGCCAUCCACUCACAGGGCCUGGCGACGGCUGCUCGCGGUCUCGAUCAGAUGGAGCUCGUCACCCCGGCCAUGCCCACGACGACGCUCACCCCCCGCGCUCUGCCCCGCGGUGGCGCCGGGCUCCUGCCGUACCGCCUCGCCAAACUGCUUCUCGUCGCCACGCGACUGCUGAUGGCCACGGCGCUCGGCUUCGGCGGCUGGGUGGUCACGGCCAAGCAGCUGCGGCUGACACUGCCCGACGGCGUCGGCGUCCGCGGCUCCGCGUACGCCUACGUGGUCGGCCUCAUGGCCGGCUUCAUCGGCUACUCGGUCAUGGGCGCCAUGGAGGGCGUCCUCAGCGGCAUCGUCGACGCGGUGCUCGUCUGCUACGGCAGCGAGCGCCGCAUGGAGAUGGGCCACGGCCGCUUCUGCCUCGAGGCGGCGUACCUCUUUGGGGAGCGUCGCGCGGGGGGUCUGGGCGAUGACGACCGCGUGUAA